UUUUUUUUAAAAAAAGAGGGAAAUGUAAAUUUGGGGCCGAGUGACGCAUGAAUAGAUUUUCUGAGCAGCAGAUUUAUUCCCACACUGAAAUGAAAAGAUUAUUGAUGCAUCCCACAACGCGUCCAAUUAUUAAAUCUUGGAUGUUGCCUUUCUGAGCACCUGAUCAGGACCGUUCUUUACCUUUGCGGCUGUCUGCGUCCAGCAGCUCGUCACACCGGCUGGAGGGGACCAGUGGAGGCAGAUCAUUCUGCUGAUCCCAGCACCUUUGGUUAUUAAGGGAAGCACCAGCAGCACCUCCUUGAUCGGUUCCCUCCCUCCCUUUUUUAUUUAUUUAUUUUUUUUUGCCAAUCGCCAUCCCACGACAGCCUACCCGGAGGAAAGGAGUCGGGGAGGGCAAAGCGAGGACACACCCGCACAUACUGUACCCGGUGUACACGGUGGGAAGGAUGCUGCAGACAACAUGAGAUGAAUAUCAUCGACUUCUGUCCCACAUUGGAGAUUCGGGAUUUUUUUUUCUCCCUACCUGCUCUUAAGACUCGAGACCUGAUCGUCGCAGCAGGUUUUUCACCUUUUCUGAUUCCAGCGUCCAGCGGGAGCGUUAACUCACAUCCACAUAUGGAAAAGAUGUCUGCAGUCAGAUCCUAGGUGACAUCCUGUGGCCGUCAGGUCUUUACAGUGUUGAGCCCCCUCCCUCUCCUGGCCCCCGCCUGCAGUUUUCCAGGCUGCAGGACCCAGACUCACUGAAAAGUGCAGGCCUCCUCCCCCUGCAGAAUGACUGUUGCCACAGGCGACCCCUCUGACGAGGCGGCUGCACACCCGGGGCACCCGCAGGACUACGACCCAGAGGCCGACCAUGAGUGUUGUGAGCGGGUGGUCAUCAACAUCUCAGGGCUGCGCUUUGAGACACAACUCAAAACCCUCUCCCAGUUCCCAGAGACUCUGCUGGGGGACCCCAAAAAGAGGAUGCGGUACUUUGACCCACUAAGGAACGAGUACUUUUUCGACAGGAACAGACCCAGCUUUGAUGCCAUAUUGUAUUAUUAUCAAUCAGGAGGCCGGCUAAGAAGGCCGGUCAACGUCACCUUAGAUAUUUUCUCGGAGGAGAUUCGCUUUUACGAGCUGGGCGAGGAGGCCAUCGAGAUGUUCCGCGAAGACGAGGGUUUCAUCAAGGAGGAGGAGCGGCCUCUUCCCGACAACGAGUUUCAGAGACAGGUGUGGCUACUGUUUGAGUACCCAGAGAGCUCAGGUCCUGCUAGGAUUAUCGCCAUAAUCUCUGUCAUGGUCAUCCUGAUAUCUAUCGUCAGUUUCUGCCUGGAGACGCUCCCCAUUUUCCGCAAUGAUGAGGAGGAAAUGCACAAGUCUCACGCUGCAGUCUUUUCGCCUGAGACCAACACCACAAUCAUCAGCUACACAUCCACCUACUUCACCGACCCCUUCUUCAUCCUGGAGACGCUUUGCAUUAUAUGGUUCUCCUUUGAGUUUCUAGUGCGCUUCUUCGCCUGCCCAAGCAAAGCAGGCUUUUUUGGUAAUAUAAUGAACAUUAUUGAUAUUGUUGCCAUCAUCCCUUACUUCAUCACUCUGGGCACGGAGCUGGCAGACAGGCCAGAGGAUGGUCAAGCGGGUCAGCAAGCCAUGUCUUUAGCCAUUCUCAGGGUCAUCCGCUUAGUACGAGUCUUCAGAAUUUUCAAGCUCUCCCGUCACUCUAAGGGGCUCCAGAUUUUGGGUCAGACCCUGAAAGCCAGCAUGAGGGAGCUCGGCCUGCUCAUUUUCUUCCUCUUCAUAGGGGUCAUCCUGUUCUCCAGCGCUGUCUACUUUGCUGAGGCGGAUGAGCCUGAGUCACAGUUUGAGAGCAUCCCAGACGCAUUUUGGUGGGCUGUGGUGUCCAUGACAACGGUCGGCUACGGUGACAUGGUCCCUACAACGAUUGGCGGCAAGAUCGUGGGCUCCCUCUGUGCCAUUGCAGGUGUGCUGACCAUCGCCUUGCCUGUGCCUGUCAUUGUGUCCAACUUCAACUACUUCUAUCACCGCGAGACUGAAGGCGAAGAGCAGGCGCAGUAUCUGCAGGUCAACGUGCCCAAAGCCGACUCGGCCGAGGAGCUGAAGAAGAGCCGGAGUGGCUCCACCAUCAGUAAAUCGGACUACAUGGAGAUCCAGGAGGCUGUGAACAACAGCAACGAGGACUUUCAGGAGGAGAACCUUAAGACGGCCAACUGCACGCUGGCCAACACAAACUAUGUAAACAUCACCAAAAUGCUCACAGACGUGUAGUCAUCUGGUGUUUUCCCUCCCCGUCGCCGGGAAAGGUGGAGCUGAGCAACUGGAUGGGACAGGUGUACGCCUUCCCACCUCACAUGUGCUGGAAAAAUCAAGGCAAUAGAUUUCAGGAUGCCGAUGAUGAUUGACUGAAAAAAAUGUUGCAAAUACCACUCACUCCUCCUGCGCUCAUCCUGUCUUCACUCCUCACAACUUGCCCUUAAAACUUCAGAAAAAUGUCAGAGUGAAAUUUCUAAAAUUUUGCAUUUUCUGCAUGGAGUUGGCUUUGUCUGUGUGGCUGUUUUAAAAAAAAAUAGUAAUACCUACAAAAUUCUUGCUCACAACAGUAGCCAACAGUAGUGCACAAAAAGAAAAAGGAAGAAACACAGUGAGACAAAAAAAAAAAAAAAUUAACACGACACAAGCCCUGCUUUGGUCCCCUGUUCCUUGGUCCUUCAUUUCCCAAGGCACACUGCUCUGCCAUGCGCUUCUCUGAAGAGCCCUACUCGCGCUACACAUGCUGCUUCCUGGAGCCAAUGAAACUAAACUGUCUUACGCUUACACCAUUUAGUGAUAAAAAAGGAUGUGUGAGCAUAAAGCAAGCCCACUCCGGCGCUGGUGCGGCCCGUGGGUGACUUGCGACGAGGUUGGUGGUUAAGUACGCCACGUUAUUUCAAGGAUGAAUGACAGCCAUCAGCGCUAAGCUUAUGGUUUGACACCUUUUUUUUCCCAGUAGACAUCAGUAUCUGAUGAAUGACUGAGAAUGGCCUUGAAUUUUCACUGCUUUGGUCUUACAUGUACUGUAUGUAUUGCAAUGCAAGCUUCCCCCUCUCCCCUCCAUUCACCCAAGCUGGUCUUACUGCAGAGCUUUGAGGACAACUUGAAUGUUUCUUCUUGUUUUUGUUUUUUCACAGUUUCACAAAUACGGUACUUCUUCAUAUAGAUAGGUAGCUUAACUGUGACUUAACUGAUAGCCAAUAGGUAGGUAGGUGCUGUUAGUAGUGAACCUAGUCAGUAGAUAAUUGCAUGACAUUUUUAAUCUGAAAGAGAAUUUCCACUUGUUUCUCAACUGCCACUUUGCUUCAUUACACACACCCACUGUAUAUUUGUCUGUACACUGCCUUCUGUACAAAUCCACACCUUUAAAAGGAUGCCUGCAGGUAGCUGUCUCAAGAACCUAAAGCUGUAUGUUAGAGGGUGUCUUAAGGAGUAAUCAGAACCCCCCACACUUAACAGGGUGCGGCAUCCUCAUCAGUAUUAACAUUCCACAUAGAAGUCAUUUAAAAUCUUUUGCCAGGUCGCUGCUGUAAACUGAGCUGUGAUUUUUGGGCGUGAAAAAACUCAGACUCUAGUUUUUUGGACAUUAAUCCUACUUGCAGAUGUGAUAGACUUGCAGUGCUGUCUUUUUCACAGGUUCGUCACAUGAUCACGUCCUCAUGAUCGAAAUAGUAACUUUUAAGGACUCGUGUAUAGAGAAUUGCUUCCCCUGAACUGCCUUUUAUCUGGGUUUACGCUACUCUCCUAGUGUUGCAUGACCUCAAAGACAUUCCUAGCAUGCGUUUAAGCUCAAAGAAGAAGCCUCGAAGACAAAAAAAGCAUAAUUACUACAAUAGACAUAUUUAUUUCUUAUAUAUAAAACAAUAUAUAUAUAUACAGACGGAACACAUAUACAGUACGCAUAUACUAUUAUCAGAGAAUUAAAAACCUGAAAUAGCAAUCUUUAAGAGAAAACAAGAGCCUUUCCACAAUGUGCAGAUCAUUGCCAUGUUUUUAUUUUUAAUGAUAAUGCGAAUUGUUCUGAGCACUGUUGUUCUUCUGUUUCAGAGCCUGUUCAGAGUGCCAAAGACACACUCUCACUAGCCAUUUCAGAAAGCAUUUUCUUUACUGGUUUAGAAAAGAAAAAACUGACACCCGUCAUGAAUUUGAACACCAGAUGUUUGCUUCACUUAACUCAAAACUGCCCUCUGUGAAGUAGUUGUUGAAAGGCAUGGUGUUGUUCAAAACCGUCGUCCCUAACCAGGAUCUUUUAUCGGGAAGCUUUCAUUGGUGUUAAAUUGGUCAGGAUUUAUAAAGAGUCUCUGAUGCCAGAAGCUCAGUCUGUCUUUCAAAGUUGGCAUCAAAUGUGAAUUAGGUUCUGAUUCUAGGAUCGUGUCCAGCAAAGAUUUUUCCACCGUUCGCUCAACACUGCCAAGGUAACAGUGAAAGGCAGUAACAUCAAUAUGGGAAGUGAUAAUUAGCAGCAGUGUAGCAGAUAUUGUCUAACCUAGGGGUCCUCUGACUUCCCUCCUGAGUGUCUUGCCUUUCUACAUCUUCUCACAGAUGUCUUGUUGUAAUUAGAAAGGUGAUGGAUUAGGAGAGGGUCUGUAGCAAGUACUGUCUCAGAUGAGUUCUGUCAUGCCAGGAUGUACAUCUUUACACUUAGGGUCUGGUUCUGCUCACUACAGUCUCAACCUGCAGUAGCAAAAUGUUUUAACGCCAUCGCUGCCAAUAUGUGCUCAGGAUGCCUCGUCCAACUGCCUGACAUGAGGCUUCUGAAGCCGUCUCUCUGUCCAAAUCCGUGUUUGCUUUCAUGUAUCUUGAAAAACUUUUCAGAGAAUUUUAGCAAGUGGAGCAGUUAUAUCUGAUGCUUUUAGAGGAGCAGCUUGAAGGUGGAGUGAGACGGUAAAAUGGUUGGUCACUCGACAUAGGACCAGAUUAAAUCGGUGAUUAGCAAUAUUCCCAUUGUCCUUUGGUGGAGGGGUCUGUGUGGAGAACAUAGAUGAUGCUUUUUUUUUUUAAAAACGAAGGAAAGAGAAUGAACCCUUAUGGACCUCCACAGUCAAACCAAGAUCUCCUUGAUCAUCAGUUGAGUAUUGGCUGAGGUGUGCACAGAUAGGAGGUGUGUGUGAGUGGGUGUGUGUGUGUGUGUGUGUGUGUGUGGUUGUGUAUGUGAGAGAGAGAGAAUAACUGAAUGUCUGUAUUGGCCUGGUUGUACAGCUGCAUUUGUGCAACAGCCAUUUGCAUAUUUGUGUAUGUGGAAGAAAACACUCACAGUCUGACCAAAAAUACUUGUCUAUGCAUGCAAAUGCAUCAUAUCUUAUUGUCCUCAUUCCAUUUCUCUGGACAGGAGUUUAUGAUAAAUGCCACACAUCGACAUUUAUCUGUUAUUUUUUCACAUUGGGCAUGUUACUGUACCUCAGCCAAAUUCACUGUAGCAACACACAAUAUUGUAGUUGAAUAUCGAUGAUUAUUUCUGCUUAAAGCACAAAGACGAGUAGACUCAUCCUCAUCUGGAUUCUAUUCAGUGGCAACAAAGUCAAUUAAAAGAUGUUGUAUUGCUUCACUGGGAGCACCACAGCCUCUAGAAUACCAUCUCUCAGCUGCUGAGGGACCCACCAGCAAGUUCACUCCAUUAGAAGGGAGCCCAACAGUGAAUACACUGAGAAAUCUAUGCAGAGAUUGAUUAUUAGCUUGUAGUUUUCGGGGGAGAAGAAGGUUUAAGUACAGAUUCUUUAUGUUUUACCGGACACCAGUUCCAUGUCGAUGCAUGGAGCUGACAGAGCGUUUUAAAGGAACCUUAGAGCAAAAGUGAAACCCUUGGCAAUAUUCUGCUGCUGUACAUCAAACACUCACGCGUUAGCUGAAUGUGAAUAUCAGCUUUCUGAGCUUCGGGUUAGUUUGAACCGCGAUGUCAGCUCUUUGCCAGGAGGCUCCUAUAAAAAACUCACACAUACGGGAAACAAGAUGAUCAAUAUGCAAUCUGUAUGCAUGUGUGUGUUUGAGACUUUUCUUUUUUCAUUUGACCCCAGAGCCUGAUAGUGUGGCAUCCACUGAAACAAUAUGUACAGUUGUUCACCUCACCCCCAUCCUGCCCGUAUCAUCGAGGCCUGAAAACGUCCAUCAUAGUUGGUACAGUGGAUAACUGAAUUUCUUUCUAUGAAAUGAAAUGCGAGAGAAUAAUGUAAAUAAUAGCCAAUGGACGAUGGAGCAAGAACCAUGUACUAUAUGAUGUAUGUGAAGUCUGGAUUCAAAACAUAGUAUUAUCUGCACUUUACUACAAAAAGGACAAUCUAUGGACAAGAAAAACAUGUGAAAUUAAAAAUGCAUAUAUUCCUUCCAAAUGAUCAUAACCCUGAAAAAGUAAUAUCAAUAAUGAAGCCAAUAAUAACUCAAAGGAAAAUGUG